AUGGACAACAAAAGACUGUAUAACGGUAACCUAUCCAACAUUCCUGAGGUUAUAGAUCCUGGAAUUACAAUUCCAAUUUAUGAAGAGGAUAUUAGAAAUGAUACACGCAUGAAUACAAAUGCUCGUUCUGUGAGAGUCUCUGACAAGAGAGGUCGUUCUAGCUCCACUUCCCCACAGAAAAUUGGCUCCUAUCGUACUCGUGCGGGCAGGUUUUCAGAUACUCUAACCAAUCUACUCCCUUCGAUUAGCGCUAAGCUACACCAUUCAAAGAAGAGUACCCCUGUAGUUGUUGUGCCUCCUACGAGCAGUACUCCAGACAGUUUAAAUUCCACGACAUACGCUCCCAGAGUGUCUAGCGAUUCUUUUACGGUGGCUACUCCGCUGUCAUUACAGUCUACUACGACCAGAACAAGAACAAGAAAUAACACAGUAUCUUCUCAGAUCACUGCAAGUUCUUCUUUGACUACUGAUGUGGGCAAUGCCACGAGUGCAAAUAUUUGGAGUGCUAAUGCAGAAAGUAAUACUUCUUCCAGUCCUUUGUUUGAUUAUCCUCUCGCCACUUCUUAUUUUGAGCCAUUGACUAGAUUCAAGUCCACUGAUAAUUAUACGCUGCCUCAAACAGCUCAACUAAACAGUUUUCUGGAGAAAAAUGGGAAUCCAAACAUAUGGUCGAGUGCAGGAAAUAGUAACACUGACCACCUUAAUACUCCGAUAGUUAACAGGCAGCGCUCUCAAUCUCAAUCUACCACAAACAGGGUUUAUACUGACGCGCCCUACUAUCAACAGCCUGCACAGAAUUACCAGGUUCAAGUGCCUCCUAGAGUUCCAAAAAGUACUUCAAUAUCCCCUGUUAUCCUUGAUGACGUCGAUCCAGCCUCGAUAAAUUGGAUUACAGCAAACCAAAAAGUACCACUAGUCAAUCAAAUAUCGGCGCUUUUGCCCACUAACACAAUAUCUAUUUCAAACGUGUUUCCAUUACAGCCUACUCAACAACAUCAACAGAACGCUGUAAAUUUGACGAGUACUUCCUUAGCGACUUUAUGUUCACAGUAUGGUAAAGUGCUUUCUGCGAGGACACUAAGAGGCCUGAAUAUGGCAUUAGUAGAGUUUUCCACAGUUGAAAGUGCAAUAUGUGCUUUGGAAGCUCUACAAGGUAAGGAACUGUCUAAAGUAGGGGCACCAAGUACGGUAUCUUUUGCGCGAGUCUUACCCAUGUAUGAACAACCUCUUAACGUUAAUGGCUUCAACAACACUCCCAAGCAACCGCUGUUGCAAGAACAGUUGAAUCACGGGGUGCUCAAUUAUCAGCUGCAACAAUCGCUACAACAGCCGGAGCUACAACAACAACCAACUUCAUUUAAUCAACCAAAUCUUACAUAUUGUAAUCCCACUCAGAAUUUGAGCCAUCUGCAAUUAUCUUCAAACGAAAAUGAACCUUACCCUUUCCCGUUGCCUCCACCAUCAUUAUCGGAUAGUAAAAAGGAUAUAUUACACACUAUAAGUUCUUUUAAGUUAGAAUAUGAUCAUCUAGAGUUGAAUCAUCUCUUGCAGAAUGCCUUGAAAAAUAAAGGAGUGUCUGAUACAAAUUAUUUUGGUCCCCUGCCUGAGCACAACUCCAAAGUUCCAAAGAGAAAGGAUACGUUCGAUGCACCAAAAUUGCGGGAACUGAGAAAGCAGUUUGACUCGAACUCAUUAUCUACUAUUGAAAUGGAGCAAUUGGCAAUCGUCAUGCUGGACCAAUUACCAGAAUUAAGUUCAGACUAUUUGGGUAAUACCGUUAUUCAAAAAUUGUUUGAAAACUCGUCAAAUAUCAUCAGGGAUAUUAUGUUGAGGAAGUGUAAUAAAUAUCUCACAUCUAUGGGUGUUCACAAAAACGGUACUUGGGUUUGUCAGAAGAUCAUCAAAAUGGCAAACACGCCAAGGCAGAUAAAUCUUGUAACUUCAGGUGUAAGCGAUUACUGUACUCCACUCUUCAACGACCAGUUUGGAAAUUAUGUUAUUCAAGGUAUUUUAAAGUUUGGUUUUCCCUGGAAUAGUUUCAUUUUUGAAAGCGUUUUAUCUCAUUUUUGGACAAUAGUUCAAAACAGGUAUGGAUCUCGUGCUGUAAGGGCUUGUCUAGAAGCAGAUUCCAUUAUUACCCAAUGCCAAUUGCUGACUAUCACUUCACUGAUAAUUGUGCUUUCUCCUUAUCUAGCUACGGAUACGAAUGGCACUUUACUGAUCACUUGGCUAUUGGAUACUUGCACUUUACCUAACAAGAACUUGAUUUUAUGUGAUAAACUGGUAAAUAAAAAUCUGGUUAAACUAUGUUGUCAUAAAUUAGGCUCUCUUACUGUCUUAAAGAUUCUCAAUUUAAGAGGUGGUGAAGAAGAGGCACUGUCGAAGAAUAAAAUUAUCCAUGCAAUAUUUGAUGGUCCAAUUUCUAGUGAUUCUAUCUUGUUCCAGAUACUAGAUGAGGGUAAUUAUGGUCCAACAUUUAUUUAUAAGGUUUUAACCUCGAGAAUUCUUGACAAUAGCGUUAGAGAUGAAGCUAUAACAAAGAUUCGUCAACUGAUUUUAAAUUCCAAUAUCAAUUUACAAAGUCGCCAGUUACUGGAGGAAGUUGGGCUAUCAUCAGCAGGAAUAUCACCCAAACAAUCCUCCAAGAAUCAUCGUAAACAGCAUCCUCAGGGGUUUCAUUCUCCUGGUCGCGCCAGAGGCGUUUCUGUUUCCAGUGUGAGAAGUUCAAAUUCAAGGCAUAAUAGCGUUAUACAAAUGAACAAUGCAGGUCCAACGCCAGCAUUGAACUUUAACCCAGCCCCGAUGAGUGAAAUAAAUUCCUACUUCAACAAUCAACAAGUGGUGUACUCCGGAAAUCAAAAUCAAAAUCAGAACGGUAAUUCUAACGGAUUAGAUGAAUUGAAUUCACAAUUUGAUUCAUUUAGAAUUGCUAAUGGAACAAAUUUAUCCCUACCUAUAGUUAACUUACCAAAUGUAAGUAAUAAUAAUAACAAUUAUAAUAAUUCUGGUUAUUCGAGUCAAAUGAAUCCUCUAAGCCGCUCAGUGAGUCAUAAUAACAAUAAUAAUACCAAUAACUACAACAAUAAUGAUAAUGAUAACAAUAAUAAUAACAAUAACAAUAAUAAUAAUAAUAAUAAUAAUAAUAAUAAUAAUAAUAAUAGUAAUAAUAGUAAUAAUAAUAAUAAUAAUGAUACAAGUUUGUACCGCUACAGGUCAUACGGAUAUUAG